AUGCUGUCCACCGUUCGACUCUUCUCCCUUCUCCUCGCUUCCUUCUUCAUCCUCUCACUUGCGUUCGCCUCCGAGUCCGAUCACAAGUAUCAACCUGAUGAUCCCAUCACCCUUUGGGUGAAUAAAGUAGGGCCAUACAAUAAUCCACAAGAAACGUACAAUUAUUUUAGUCUUCCAUUUUGUCGUCCAUUGGGUAAUGCUGCUCACAAAUGGGGUGGCCUUGGUGAGGUAUUGGGUGGAAAUGAGCUUAUUGAUAGCCUGAUUGACAUAAAAUUCAGAAAAUCUGUGGACAAAACCACUAUUUGCGAGCUUGAACUUGAUGAAGCAAAGGUCAAACAAUUCAAGGAUGCUAUUGAGAAUGGUUAUUGGUUUGAAUUUUUCAUUGAUGAUCUACCUUUAUGGGGUUUUGUGGGUGAGAACACUGAUAAUAAGAUUGUGCUCUACACACAUAAGAGUAUAACUGUGAAUUACAACAAAGAUCAAAUCAUUCAUGUCAAUCUUACUCAAGGGGGUGCAAAACCGUUGGAAGUUGGAGAAACAGUGGACAUGACAUACUCGGUGAAAUGGAUUCCGACAAACACCUCUUUCGCUCGUCGUUUUGAUGUUUACCUGGACUACCCAUUUUUUGAACAUCAGAUACACUGGUUCUCCAUUUUCAAUUCCUUCAUGAUGGUUAUAUUUCUUACCGGUCUGGUAUCGAUGAUAUUGAUGCGAACUCUUCGAAAUGAUUAUGCAAAAUAUGCUCGCGAGGAUGAUGAUUUGGAAACCCUGGAAAGAGAUGUCAAUGAAGAGUCUGGAUGGAAACUUGUUCAUGGAGAUGUAUUUAGGACUCCUCGUAGUUUAGUUUUACUCUCUGCUCUUGUUGGCAAUGGCGCACAGCUAGCAUUGCUGGUUCUCCUUGUCAUUUUAUUUGCAAUUGUCGGAAUGUUGUAUAUCGGGAGAGGUGCAAUUGUCACUACUUUCAUUAUAUGUUACGCUUUUACAUCAUUCAUCUCGGGCUACGUUAGUGGUGGAAUGUACUCACGCCAUGGUGGCAAAAAUUGGAUUAAAUCAAUGAUCCUCACUGCUUCACUUUUUCCUUUUCUGUGCUUUGGGAUUGGUUUCAUGCUGAACACUGUUGCAAUAUUUUAUGGGUCCCUAGCAGCCAUUCCUUUUGGCACGAUGGUGGUUGUCUUCAUCAUCUGGGCUUUUGUCUCUUUCCCCCUGGCUCUUCUGGGUACAGUUGUUGGAAGAAACUGGAGUGGUGCUCCAAACAAUCCAUGCCGAGUGAAGACCAUUCCCCGGCCAAUUCCUGAGAAGAAGUGGUACCUGACUCCGUCUGUAGUUUCUAUGAUGGGAGGAUUGCUUCCAUUUGGCAGCAUAUUCAUUGAAAUGUACUUUGUUUUCACUUCCUUCUGGAAUUACAAGGUGUACUACGUAUAUGGCUUUAUGCUUCUGGUUUUCGUGAUUCUUAUUAUUGUUACGGUCUGCGUGACAAUAGUGGGAACAUAUUUCCUGCUAAAUGCCGAGAAUUAUCAUUGGCAGUGGACAUCUUUCUUCUCAGCAGCGUCAACAGCUAUUUAUGUGUACUUGUACUCGAUAUAUUACUAUUAUGUGAAGACAAAGAUGUCAGGAUUCUUCCAGACGAGCUUUUACUUUGGCUAUACACUAAUGUUUUGUCUUGGCUUAGGAAUUCUUUGCGGUGCUGUUGGUCACUUAGGUUCUAAUUUGUUCGUAAGGAGGAUAUAUAGAAACAUCAAAAUCGACUAG